GCAUCGCGACUGCUAGAUAGGCACCUGGUUUGGCUAUGUGCCUGUGGAAACCGACCCCGGCUAUGUCCGGGCGAUGAGGUUGCUCGGCCUUAGACUGUGGAGGGGCUCAGCCCCUUUUCCCGUGACCGGGGAACACUUGUCAGCGGUCCUUCCUGGCUCGUUUGGACCAAUCUACCCAAGCAUGAGCUUGUAACAUCAAUCAAUCAACACUGUAUCUCUUGAGCUUAUCAAAGCUUAUAACGUUACACCUCCAAUAGUGUAUUCUGAGCCCACUUACUUGCCCCCACCUAAGGGCUUCUUCAUCUGGUGGCGAGCCGUGUUCGCAACAGCGGUUUUUUCAAGCAGUCAAGGGAAUACACAAUACCGAAGCUGCAAAGUCGGCGUCCGCUGCUAGCCUGCUCCGACGUCCGCUGCUAGCCUCGUCCGCCGCGUCAUGACGGAUGCGGAAGCGGCAGAGCUGGAGAAGGAGGAGCACUCCCUGACAACGCUGGUAGGGGGUUUGGAGCUGGACCAGCUGGACGAGAAGACUGUGAAAUCGGCACUGUAUAAAUUGGCGCUGCAAGAGGCAGCGAUGAAGGUGCAAAAAGCCUUGUCCGAGUUACGGAAGGCCAGGAUCGAGGCGGAGGCCGCCGCGGAAAAAGCCAAGACUGAGAAGGCGGCCGUCGAGAAGGCGGUCGCCGAGGAGAAGGCCAAGUCCGAGGCGCGGAUGGCCAAGAUCAAGGAGGAGGCCGCCGCAGACAUGGCCAAGAUGGAGAAGGCGUUCGCCGAGGACAAGGCCAAGAUGGAGAAGGCGGUCGCCGAGGCGAAGGCCAAGAUGGAGAAGGCGGUCGCCGAGGCGAAGGCCAAGUCCGAUGCGCGGAGGGCCAAGCUCGAGGAGGAGGCCAUCCGGACGGACCAUGGUCAGAAGGACCAGCACCUACUGGGCCCCCAAGUCAUGGCCGCGAUGCUGGCCAAGGCCACCGAGAGGGUCAAAAGCGCUCAGCAGCACCGGGCGGACAUCAAGCAGAAGACGUCCUGACGGUGGUGGCCGUCGUCUAUCCCACUCGGCCUCAGAGCUGUCCUGCUGGCCUUCGGCCUGACGGCUGUUGCCCCCCACAGUGCCAGCUGCAAGGUUGUGGACUGGCUGGCACUGGCAGCGGGGAUCAGUGGGAUGGUGGCGAUCGAUGCUGCCAUGGACAGUUGGGCAGACCAGGACCUGCUGGGCCCCAAGGUCAUGGUCGCAAUGCUGGUCAACGCCACCGAGAGGGUCAACAGCACCCAGGAGCACUGGGCGGACAUCAAGCAGAAGACGUCCUGACGCUGGAGGCCGUCUUCUGCUUGAUGUCCGCCCACAGCUGCUGAUUGGCGUUGACCCUGUCGGUGGCCUUGACCAGCAUCGCGGCAAUGACCUUGGGGCCCAGCAGGUCCUGGUCCUUCUGACCAAGGUCUGCACAAGGGAGGAGGUCAUGUAGGUCCACGUUGGGCUGUGGAAACGGGGCAGCAGAGGCAGGCCUCUGGUCGCGGCUGUGUACGGGGGCGCACUGGCGGUGUUGAGUGCCCUGGCAUCCUGGGGGUGGAAUGUGCGCGCGGAGCCGAGCAAUGCCGUCGCCAACUCGGUCUAUGCCGCCGGCGUUAGUGCCCUGGCUUCGGCGUCCCUCGCGGCAGCUUGCCAGUUCGCAGACCUGGUUCGCAUCGCUUUGCUUGAGAGCAAUACCAAUGCAAUCUGGGAAACGGCGGCAAAAGCGUGGCUUUCAUCACCCUGGCGCUGCAACCAGGUGCACCCUGCAGCACAGCCAAGCGGCGGCAACGGCUGUGCUGGUGCGUCUGUGACGAUACACACUCAGGGCUAGCGCUUUUCCACUUGACGCGCCUGUUGGUGUGCGCCGUUGUGGCCUCGUGUGUUGUUGUCGCUGGGUUGCUUGUCGUGCUGGUACGGUGACGAUGGGAUUGCUGGUGAGCAUAGUGCUGGACAGUCUGGGUGAUACCAAGACCCGGGGCUUGCAGCCCGGAGAUAUGGGAACCGACCUCACAUUCGUUGACCUCUGUGAGCCUCAUACGGAAUAAUACACUGCGCGUGGGGUGGGUGCAUGCAGGGUGCGCGGCGCUCACAGCUGAGCCCCAUCCAGUGCUUGUACUUGGCCAUGUGCAUACCUGGUGGUUUAGAAUCAGAUGAGAAAGAAUCUGGUAUGCACUGAAGCCGUUCGUGCAGGAACUGUAACACAGUAAGAGA